UGACGUUUGGUAAUCAAUUUUCAGUCGUUUGCGAUCAUAUGACUACUCGUGUUUUGGGCGUACUUAAUUGUAACGUGAUUUUUUUCUUGUGAAAAAGUGAAUUUUUAUUUUAAUUUUAUAAUUCCUUAAAAAAUAAACACAUUUUUUAAUCAAAAUGAAAGUCUGUGGACCAAAAUACGCACUCUGUGGAGUUAUAAUUUCAGCAUGGGGUGUCAUUCAACUGGCAUUAAUGGGAAUAUUCUUUUAUUGUAAGAGUGUUGCAUUAAUUGAGGAUCUUCCACUUGAAGGAAAAACAUUUGAUGAUGUUGGAGACUUUUAUUUUAAAGUUAAUAAGGGCUUUCAAGCAAAUGCUGUUAAUUGUUGGAUUGCAGCGAUUCUUUAUGUCAUUACUUUAGGAUUCUCUGGUUAUCAAUUUUAUCUUAAUUCACGUUCAUCGCUUAGUGUUUAAUAAUUAAUUCUAAAACAAUGAAGAUAUUCCACAAUUUUUUUUUUUUAAAUAUUAAAUCAAUUUUGAAUUAUAUCUGACUUGCAGACAAUUAGAUGGAAUGAAAAUUAUCCAUUUAAGAAUACUUGUUUUGUUUUUUUUCUCUAUUUAUUGUCAGAUUUCCCUGUUUAUGAAAAGUUGAACAUUAUAAUAUGAAAAAUGCUUGUAAACAAAUUUCAAUUUCCAAUUAAUUGUAAUUAUUAUAUUGUAAAUUAUAGAUAUAUAAUUUUAAAAAUGUUAAUAGAGUCUAUAUAUGUGUAAUGUAAUGAUAAUUGAAUUUAAUGUAAUUAUUAAUUUACAACUAGAUGUAAACAAGAAUUAAUAGUUAAAAAUCAUUUAGAAAAUAUGGUUGAAGAGAAUAAUUAUUGUGAAUGAAAAGUAUGAAUGUUAAAAAAAAGUAUGCAUUAUUAUUGAGAAAUAAAGAUUGUUCUUUUAAA